AUGCUAGCCUCGCGCUCUCCAUCGCCCGACAACGAUGUUCUCGCCAUAUCAACGGCGUUGAUUCCCGAGCGAGCAGCCAAGCCCGCGGCAACCAGCACCAUCACAUUCGGCAAUCUCCUUCCACUAACACGCGCCCUUGUCCUUCACGAAGACCUCCAAGAAGGCUGCGGCGGCCAGCUCUGGCCCGCCGGGAUGGUGCUGGCCAAGUAUAUGCUUCAGUACCAUAAGAUAAGCCUAAAGGACAAGACAGUUCUUGAGAUUGGCGCAGGCGGUGGCCUUGUGGGACUGGCCGUCGCAUUGGGAUGUGAAUUUGCCGGUUCCGAGGACCACAAAUUGUACAUCACCGAUCAGAUACCCAUGCUGGCUCUGAUGAAGAAGAACAUUGCCAUGAACCAUGUUGGGGACAGGGUCGAAGCGCUGGUCUACGAUUGGGGCACACCGCCUCCUGAUAAGGUAUUGCGCAACACGGGCGAGACAACCCAGCAUCCGGACAUAGUGCUGGCAGCGGACUGUGUCUAUUUUGAACCUACGUUUCCUUUACUCCUGCAAACAAUGGGAGAUUUGAUUGGUCCAGACACCGUGUGCUAUUUCUGUUUCAAGAAACGCCGAAAAGCGGACAUGCGCUUCAUUCGCGACAUGAAGAAGAAGUUUGCUGUCGACGCCAUUCAGUAUGACAGCCGCGAGGUGGAUCAGAGACAGGGAAUAUUCUUAUAUCACGUUAGAAUGAAACCUGGUACGAGCAGUAGUAAAAAGAACUGA